CCUGGUGGUCGGACGGUUUACAGCGAUGCACACUGAGUGAACUUUCACCCCUUCAAUUGGUUUAUUGUUUUGACUUAGCUAACGGGUUCUAUAAGUAACUCGACUGAAAGAAAACAUUAUAGAGAUUAUAACUCUUGAUGAUUCACUCAUUAAGAUGUACAAAAAGAGCGCGCGGACCACAUUCCGGCGUCGCAGUUGACAGAGAUGCUCUCUCCUCAGUAAGCUAGCGAGCGUUAGCUAACGUAGCGCACGUAGCUUUGGAAACAACAUGACGGUGACGAGGAGCGGUGUGUAAACAUCAACCGACCGGGACUCGGAAUCGCGGGGAUUUCCUGCUGGUCUUAACACAUAUUGCCCGGAUUAUCCCGUCUUUGUGUUUGCGUAGCUUCAAAACGGCCUUCUCGACCGAGACAACAAAACCGAUUUCAUGUAACGUUAACCCGCAGGUUCUCGUAGAAGAGGUAACGUUAGCAGUGCGUCUCUGACUCGAGUUGACGAGGGUCGUUCAUUAACUUUAUUAUUCGUUGUUGUCGUCGCUCGUUAUGUGUGUGUGAGAGUUACAUUUAACAAGAUAUUUAUCGUAAUGCCAAUUCAUCUUUGCGCGUCAGUAAUCCGAGAGGAAACGUCUUCGUAGUGUGGGACAUUAGCAUCACUUUAUGCGAUGGGCGAGGAAAAGCCGGACACGCUGGACUUCGUGAAGGACUUCCAGGAGUAUCUGAGCCAGCAGACCCAGCAUGUCAACAUGAUCUCCGGCUCUGUCAGCGGCGUCAAGGAGGAGGACGAGCUGCCACCAGACUGCAGUCAGAAUGGACUAGAUCACCCCUCCGUGGACAUGUCUCUGGAGGACAGUUCCGGGAUCCUGGUGGAUGGUUUUGAGAGGACCUACGACGGCAAGCUCAAAUGUCGCUACUGCAACUAUGCCACCAGAGGCACAGCACGACUCAUUGAGCACAUCCGAAUUCACACAGGAGAGAAACCUCACCGCUGCCACCUCUGUCCAUUUGCUUCCGCUUACGAGCGCCACCUGGAGGCCCACAUGCGAUCGCACACAGGUGAGAAGCCCUAUAAGUGUGAGCUGUGCUCCUUCCGCUGCAGCGACCGCAGCAACUUGUCGCACCACCGCCGGCGACGCCACAAGCUCCUGCCGAUGAAAGGUGCCCGCUCACUUUCCCACAAGAAAAUGCUGAGUGUGUUGCAGAAAAAGGCUAGCUCGCUGGGCUACGGCCGCCGCCUCCUCAUCAACUUCAGCCCCCCUUCUAUGGUAGUGCACAAGGCGGACAAUGUGAACGACUUCUCGCAUGAGCUGCCGCACUUGCGCCAGGAGACGUACGAUAACCCGGGUUGCCCGGCGGAGGACGGGCACUCUCCAAAUCACCACGACAUGGUUCUGGAUAACCCCCUGAACCAGCUGUCCACACUGGCAGGCCAGUUGGCCAGCCUCCCCGCCGAGUCCCAGGACCAGACUGAGCCCCCUCGGUCUCCAGGAGAAGAGUCCACCGUAGAUGAGAAGCCCUUCCUCAUCGAGCAGCCUCAUCCCGCCACGACCCCCGUGGCUGUGUCUGCCAGCAUGGUGCAGGCGUCCUCCUCUUCUCCAAUCACCCCCGAGUCCCGGGCUCCUCCCCACAGCAACUGCAGCCCCAGAGGGGGGCCCUGCAGCGAUCACAGCGGGCGCACCAGUACCCCCAGUAUCUCCAACAGCCAACCCAGUACGCCGGCCCCCGGCCUGUCCAUCGCACUCCAAGACCCCCACAUGCCGCAUCACUGCGAGCACUGUGACAUCUACUUCCCCGACAACAUCCUCUACACCAUCCACAUGGGCUGCCAUGGCUACGAGAACCCAUUCCAGUGCAACAUCUGCGGCCACAAGUGCAAGAGCAAGUACGACUUUGCCUGCCACUUUGCGCGCGGGCAGCACAAGUAACUUUGGAAGAACUUUUUAAUGGACAGCUUUGUUUUAUUGAUACAUAGUAGUUUUAUUUAUUGGUCUUUUACUUGGCCGUGAUGUAGCCUAGCCUUUUGAAAGUUGUAAAAUGUUAACAUUCAUAUGGUUUUUAAUAUGUAUAAAUAUCGGCGCCCAUUUAAGUGUAUUAUGAAGGGUCGAUCAGUGUUUCCAACGGGUUGAGAUUUUUUUUUUUUUUGGCAUCAUGAAUCAGAGAAACAACUUCCCUACUUAUCCAAAUAAAUGUACCUUAUUUAAUGUAGUAGUUUAUCAAGUCCGACAUCAAAACUGUGCUGCUGUUCUUACCUUAAAGCUUCUCUUCAGCUGUGAUCACUGUCACUUUAAGUGAUGACACACAAGGCGCGCACACAGCACACAGCAGUGUUCCCCUUUUUAGAAAAAAGCUUAAAGAAAAACAUCCUCAACCUCUUCUUCCCUGAUGAUACUGAUACAGGAGAAAUCUUACUUUUGCCUUAUUGAAAUUAUUUCAGUGCUUUGUGCAUUAAUACUAUUCUUUGCAGUGCCUCACAUAGUCACUUUCUUGUGUGUCCCAGAUAAAAUGGACUGUUACUUUGAAGAUUAAUAGAUGUUAUUACAAUACCCUCUUCUUGCUGUGAUGAAUAGGCCCAGAACCGUAGAAAAAGAGUGGGGUCAUUGUAGUUUUCUAUGGUAGCCUUUCUUUCUUUUUUGCCAAAUUUUCUUCUAUACGAAUGCUGCUAAGACACAUAUGGAUCUAAAAUACGUGGGUGGCGUCUACCUGGCCAAACUUUGUCUUGUGGUUUUAGGUCAGCCCAGUUAAGCUGACACUAGAUUUGCUAGAGGUUGCGUGGUUUCGAAGUUCCUUCACUGAGUGCACUUCCUUGACCAGCAUUAUGGUCACUUCACGUGUUUGGUUGAAACGGUUUCGCCCAUUCUUUUUCACAACAUGAUGUCACAUUCUGAUGUUUUGAUAUCGUACAAAGUCACUUUGAUAACCAGUAUCUGCGUGUGUGUGUGUGUGUGUGUGUGUGUGUGUGUGUGUGUGAGUAGGACAGUCUAGCCUCAUGUGAACACUGGUUCAGAAUUUCCCAGUAGCACCAGGGAUGCCACCUUUUGCGCCUUUGUGAUAAUAACACACACUGAGAUUCCCCCGGUCAACCAAAGGAUCAAAGUGCUUUGCUGAAUAUUUACUGAGUAUUGUAUUCUAAGUUGUUGGAUAGAUGUUAAGUGUCAAAAAAAAAAAAAGCAAGCUCAUAUUGCCUGAAGACUGAUAAUUUAGCAAGAUUGUUCUUUGUCUCGGGUCCUGUUUGUUGCUUAGCAACAUGUGUGGAGAACAUUGUUACUGUUUUCUCUUAGGACCAUCUUGGUGUUGCCAUGCUAACCAGUAACACGGGCAUCCGGUAACUGCCUUAUGUUUCGUCUGCGUGUUGUAGGUUCAUAGGUAACGGCGAAUGUUGAAGCCCGAGGGCAAUCACUCUCCCGCUGGUCUGGCAAAUCAUUUCAUUGUGAGAUGAAUAAAUCUUACUAAUUUUUAAGUAAAGUGUUUUCUAACUGAA